AUGAUCACUGAUUACUACGAUCUUACAGCCUUGUUAAUAGCAGCAAUUGAUUCAGAAAGAGAUCCAGAGCUUACAAUCGAAUGUGCAAAAUUAUUGAUGAUGAAAAGAUACAUUCCAUACAGAAUUCGACUACAAUUAUUCCAAAUGGACAUCAAUAAUCUUUCGGUUACUUCGAAACAGACAUUAUUUUCAAUAUUAUCCGAUUUAAAUAAAAUCCGCACAAAUUUUGACGACAUACAAGAUGUUAUCUCAGUCAUAGAGAACAAGAAACAGAUGACUAAGAUAUAUUUAUAUGCGUUCGUCAACACUUUACUUGAAUCUCAGUCACAAUUACAGAAAGAAGUUUGCGUAAUCAACUACGCAGUAUCUACACAUGAUUACAGGGUCAUGGCGAUGUAUAACAUCCAACAUUCGAUGCUUUGUCCCGAAAUAAUUAAUAGUUAUAUUGAUUAUUUGCUCAAAAUCGGCGGGAAUUACAUCCAAGCUACUAAGAUUGUCUCUAGUAUUAGUUCUAUCCGUAAUUCUCUCAUUAAAAUCAAUGAUUCAACACCUUUGUUGAAAUUUUCUGAUUCAAAAAGCCGUUUAGAGAUAGAUUUGCCAAAUGGAAGUGAAUUAAUAAGUAAUCAGAAGACUCUGGAGAUAGUUCCGAACUGGGGAUUGCGAUUGAUCAUUUUGGUGUCGAUUUUAUUAGUAAUUUUUAUUUAUUUUCCAGUUUUGACACUAGAAAACAUCGAACACUCGAAGACACUCAAAAAUAAUGAGUAUUUCAGACACGACCACUCCCCACCUUAUUAUAUAUCAUCCUACACGGUCAAAAAUAUUUACUCUUAUUUCAAAAUUUACAACGUCACUUUUGAUCCGAAAAUUUUGUCACUUUUAACAUUACAGGGCUAA